UUACUUGACAGGAAGUGUUAGAAAGAUUAUGAAUGUGCUCUCGACCAGAAGGGAAAUAAACUCGUCGGGCAAAACAUUUUUCUUUUGGAAUAUUGACAUACCUACAGAUCUUGUCAAGAUCAAGUCAGUCUUUACAGUUUCACAACGGGGAAUUAUAUUCUGGAUCUAUGAACAAAACGAUAGGGAAGUAAAGUUGCCAGCUAUCUGGAUAGCUCGCUAGAGUCUGGAUGCCAAGUCUGGGGGUGAUGGAGCUGGGUAGGCAACUGUGUGGGAAGAUGAGGAGGUCGAGGAGGGCCGAGGGCCCUGUCACUGUGCCCAUGAGGGGUCUGGAGAUCCAUUUUUACCUGCCAGAUACUCACCAGCUGGAGUUCCUCAAAGACAGCUUCACUGCCGAGGAACUGUGUGUCGAGGCCGCCAAAAGAUGCUAUAUCUCCCCCCUGUGCCAUAAUCUGUUUGGUCUGUAUGAUGAGAGCAGGACUCUGUGGUACGCUCCCAACCACAUCUUCAAGAUCACGGACGAGACCUGCAUCAAGCUGCAUUACCGCAUGAGGUUUUACUUCACUAACUGGCAUGGGACCAGUGAGAGUGAGUCUCCAGUGUGGAGACAUUGUAUCAGUAAACUUAGGGGAGGACUCAGCCCACAGAAGGUCCCAGAGGGUACACCCCUGCUGGACUCUGCCUCCCUCGACUACCUGUUCUCCCAGGGCCAGAAUGAUUUCCAGAAGGGUCUGGCUGUGGUCCGUAGCCCCCAGAGUGAGGAGGAGCAACAUGAGAUAGAGAAUGAGUGUCUGGGAAUGGCUGUACUGGCCAUCACUCACUACGCUAUGACCAGAGAAAUACCCCUCUCUACUGCUUCCAAUGAGAUCAGCUACAAGCGUUUUAUCCCAGAGACCCUGAACAGGAGCAUUAAACAGCGCAACAUCCUCACCCGGCUCCGCAUCAACAACGUCUUCAGGAACUUCCUGAAUGAGUUCAACAGUCGCACGAUGCAGGACAGCAACAUCACGCUGUACGACCUGAAGAUCAAGUACCUGUCCACCCUGGAAGGCCUCACCCGGGGCCUGGGGAGGGAGGUGUUGGAGCCCAGGUCCCUGCUACUUACCCAGGAGGGAGAGACAAACGGGGGGCUGAGCAAUGGACCUGAGCCCUCCCUUGCCAUAGAGGUCCAGGUUACGGGGACCACAGGGAUCUCCUACAGGAGGAAGCCCCCUAAUAAUACCCUGAUCCUGAAAGAGAAGACACCGUCCAAGAAGAACAAGCUUGAGGGCAAACAGAAGAAGAACAAGAAGAAAGACGCCAGCGACGGCUGGGUGACCUUCUGUGACUUUCACGAGAUCACACACAUCGUUAUCAAAGAGUCCUUUGUCACCAUCUUCAGACAGGAUAACAAGAAGAUGGAGGUGCAGCUGGAGUUUAGAGGCGAGGCGUUGGCGUUCGCUGCCCUGGUGGACGGGUACUUCCGUCUGACGGUCGACGCCCACCACUACCUGUGUACAGAGGUGGCUCCUUCUUCUGUGGUGCAGAACCUACAGAACUGCUGCCAUGGACCUAUCAGUACUGAGUAUGCCAUCCAGAAGCUUCGUCAAGAGGGCAACGAGGAGGGAACCUACGUCCUGCGCUGGUCCUGUACUGACUACGAUAACAUCAUCAUGACCGUGGUCUGCAGCGAGUUGGAUCUGUGUGAGACGAGGCAGGUGCAUCUGCAUAAGAACUUCCAGAUCGAGGUGGGUUCGGAGGGAUUCCGUCUGUAUGGGACAGAGACCUACAGAUCUUCUCUCAGAGAGCUUCUAGACCACCUGGCUAGACAGAACCUCCGUACGGACAACCUCCACUUCCAGCUCAGACGCUGCUGCCCCCCACAGCCCAGAGAGGUGUCCAACCUGCUGGUAGUAACUAAGGACAGAGUGCUGAUCCCCCAGACACCCCUGGAGGAGAGCCAACUCAGCUUCCACAGGAUCCUCAAGGAGGAGAUCUUACAGGGAGAGCACCUGGGGCUGGGUACUCGGACCAACAUCUAUGCUGGAGUACUGAAGGUGAAGAGUGCGGAGGAUGAUGAUUUUGGAUACUAUUCCUCUCAGGAGCUCAAAGUAGUGCUGAAGGUGCUGGGCUCCGGACACAGAGACAUCUCCCUGGCCUUCUUUGAGACAGCCAGUAUGAUGCGGCAGGUCUCCCAUAAGCACAUCGCCCUGCUCUAUGGAGUCUGUGUACGUCACCUGGAGAAUAUCAUGGUGGAGGAGUUUGUCCAGUUAGGUCCGUUGGAUCUGUUCAUGCGAAGACAACACAGUCCUCUCAGUACACCAUGGAAGUUCCAGGUGGCCAAACAACUGGCCAGUGCUCUCAGCUACCUGGAGGAUAAGAAGCUGGUGCAUGGCUUUGUGUGUACCAAGAACAUCCUGCUGGCCAGAGACGGAGUGGACAGUGAGGGAGGACCCUUCAUCAAGCUCAGCGACCCUGGCAUACCCAUCACUGUGUUGACCAGAGAGGAGUGUGUGGACCGGAUUCCAUGGAUCUCUCCAGAGUGUGUGAAGGACUCUGCCAACCUGAGUGUAGCAGCUGAUAAGUGGGGCUUUGGCACAACACUGUGGGAGAUCUGCUAUGAUGGAGAAGUGCCCCUCAAAGACAAGAAACUCACAGAGAAGGAGAGGUUCUAUGCAGCGGAGUGCCAGUUAGCUAUCCCAGACUGCAGAGAGCUGGCUGAACUCAUGACCCACUGCAUGACCUAUGACCCUCGCAAACGCCCCUUCUUCAGGGCCAUCGUCAGAGACAUAGACACGCUGGAGGAACAGAACCCCUCUAUCAAGCCUGCGCCCACUCUGGAGGUCGACCCCACUCUGUUCCAGAAGAGGUUCCUCAAGAAGAUCAGAGAUUUGGGGGAGGGUCACUUUGGCAAGGUGGAGCUGUGUCGGUAUGACCCCAGAGGGGACCGGACAGGGGAGCUGGUAGCAGUGAAGAGUCUAAAACCAGAGAACAGGGAGGAGCAGAGCAGCAACCUUUGGAGUGAGAUAGGAAUCCUUAAAGAACUCUACCACGAGAACAUCGUCAAGUACAAGGGCAUCUGCCAGGAGGAGGGAGGCAGAGCCAUCAAGUUAAUCAUGGAGUACUUGCCUGCUGGCAGUCUGAAGGAGUACCUCCCCCGCAACAGAGGACAGACCAGCCUGAAGACCCUGCUUAACUACGCUGUCCAGAUCUGUCAGGGAAUGGACUAUCUGGGAUCUCGGAAUUACAUCCACCGGGAUCUGGCAGCCCGAAACGUUCUGGUGGAGAACGAGAGCACAGUGAAGAUCGGAGACUUCGGCCUGACCAAGAGCAUCAAGGACAACGAGGGAUAUUACACAGUCAAAGAUGACCAGGACAGCCCUGUGUUCUGGUAUGCCCCUGAGUGUUUGGUCCACUGUAAGUUCUACCUGGCCUCUGAUGUCUGGUCCUUCGGUGUCACCAUGUACGAGCUGCUCACCUACUGUGAGACCGCCAUCAGCCCCAUGUCGGUGUUUCUGAAGAUUAUUGGUCCUACUCAAGGCCAGAUGACUGUGACGCGAUUGGUCAAUGUGCUGGAGGAGGGGAACAGGCUGCCCCGCCCUGAUAGUUGUCCUGGAACGGUGUAUGAGCUGAUGAGGAAGUGCUGGGAGAGCACCCCCGAGAGGAGGAUCACUUUCAAGAGCCUCAUCGAUGAGUUCACCCGCAUGCUCGCCAACAACAGCCUGUAAAACAUGGCAACCACCGCCACACCACGCCUUACCUACCACAGAGACAAUCCCAGGAGUAAAGAGUGAAAGGUCAAGGGUGACCUGGAAUAAAAACUACAUGUAUUGGAAUCAGUGCUACAAGACACUUUAUUUCACGCCGUCGCUGACUUCCUCUAUGUUUUAACUUUUUUUUUAAAGAGAUACUAUAGAUACCAUAAUAUAUGGAUGAAUAAACUAUAUGGAUGCAUAGCAUAUAGAAUGAAACACAUCCCAACUCGUAGCUUUGACCCCUCACGGUAUGUGACACUGACCCCAAUCACGGUGACGGAUGAAUGAGCCCACUAGCCAACCACUGAGCUGUCCAUCGGCUGAUAUGUCACCUCUGUCACCUGGGAGCUACCACAGUGUGACCUUUCACCUUUUAUUAGAGCGCAUCAGCUCCGCCUUUUUCAUGUUGCCACAUACAGUAUGUACUGUGUGUAUGGACUUUUAUCAUUAUACCCAGAGAGGGAAAGAGGUCCUCAGUUGGACCUGUAUACGAUGGACCUUUCUCCGUGAAGGAUCAUGGUAUAUGUGAGCUCCUUUGUGAAGGAUUGCUGCGGCCACAGAGAAGAUGACACUGUGAAAAAGACAUGUAUUUAAGUGACCAGGAUUCUGACAUCCACACCCCACUCCAUCUGACCAGGGACUGCAUGGAUCCAAGCCACCUCCCUGUGAAUGGUGAAAGAUGUGUGGGAUACAGGAUACUGUAGCAGUGGGUUGGAUUGCAUUAGGGAGAAUAGAGGGGUGAUGACAGUAUCAGUCAAGCCCAGCCAGCUGCACCUCCCCUUUUAAGACCGACCCUGAUGCACCUCCCCUUUAAGACCGAACCUGAUGCACCUCCCCUUUAAGACCGAACCUGAUGCACCUCCCCUUUAAGACCGAACCUGAUGCACCUCCCCUUUAAGACCGAACCUGAUGCACCUCCCCUUUAAGACCGAACCUGAUGCACCUCCCCUUUAACACAGAACCUGAUGCACCUCCCCUUUAACACAGAACCUCUGCCUCAGCAGAACCCUGGAUGGGAAAACUGUAGAACCACCUCGGAACUCUGGUGUUUCUUCCAUCGUGAUGUUCCACGUUCUGUUGUUGUUGGAUGAAAUGAUUGAAUAACAUGUAUGUGUAAAUGUAUUUUGCAACGCUCGCGCACGUAACACGAGCGGUGUGGUCAGCAUGAAAGAAGAGCCUAUAAAAGGUCUGAUUUGAGACCAGUUAGCAGGUAAAACCACAGAAAUAUAAUUAGCGGAACAUGUUAUAUACCUGUGAGGGACACUUGAGGGCAGUAUAGCUUUACCAUAUAUAUUUUAUCCUAAACUUUACUGUACUCUGCUCAUAUUUCUAAACCGCUUCUUAAUUACAGCCAUAAUGUGUAUGUCAGAUAUUUCAUUUGUCUUUUAAUUGAAUAUAUAUAUAUAUAUUUUUUAA